UUAUUACUUACACUGGGCAGGAGGCAUGCACACAUAUUUCCUCAUAAAUGGACUAUUCCUAGCCAUAUUUCGAAUCGCUUUGGACAUGGGUUUGCUGAUCUGCUUCACUGCAAGAGUUCCAAGUUUUAUUAUCGGGAAAACCAUUUUUACAAGAAAGUUACCACCUUUUCUGACGUAAAAAAAUUGCAGAACAUUAUCUGCCGGAACGUUUACAAUAGUCUUUUUGUAGUCAUUUCUAAAUUUUUCUCGUACAUUUUUUAUUGAUAAGCCAAGUCUGAAAGUAUUUCAAAUUAGUAUCCGAGUGUUUAAAUUGUAAGCUUAAUUUAAAAAAUAGAAAAAAAUAAUCAUGAUAAGAUAACGAUUAAUGAGGUAUGAAAUAAUUUUUAAAAUCACAUUUCCACGAUACCUACGUAAAUAAAAAGACUAGUUUUUACAUGCCUCAGAAAUUGCGUAAUUUUUCAUAAUCUCCACUUCGUCAUAAAUUCUGUCUCUUUUGCUUCAUUAGUUCAUAUUUUCAUAAUUACAUCACCAGCUUUAAUCAUAGAAAAAGAUCAUGUCGCUGUUUACUCAAAUUAUUCGGCCGUCUUCGAGGCUUUUUCGUAGUUUCCAGGCGACCGGUCUUUCACUCUGCCAGCUACGAUUGCUUUCAUCGGAGCUGAAAGAGCGGAUCGACGGGCUAGUUCAGGGGAAUAAGGUGGUCGUGUUUAUGAAGGGUGUUCCAGAGCAGCCGCAGUGUGGAUUCAGCAAUGCUGUUGUACAGAUCUUGAGGAUGCAUGGAGUGGACAGCUAUGAAAGUCAUAACAUCUUAGAGGAUGAUGACCUGCGGCAAGGUAUCAAGGAAUACUCAGAAUGGCCGACAAUCCCUCAGAUUUAUUUGGAUGGUGAGUUUGUAGGAGGAUGUGACAUCAUGAUUCAGAUGCAUCAGACAGGUGACUUGAUUGAUGAACUAAAGAAAGUCGGAAUCAGAUCAGCGUUACUCGAUGCACCCAAGGAAGAUGAACCAUCAAAAUGAUACUUAAAUAUUUUGGAGGAUACUUUUAUCUUGGACAAUUCAUGAAAACUGGAAAAUCCACUUUGAAUAGUUGGAAUAACAGUGAUAGUAUAUAAUCAUGUUUUUUUAAAGAUUUCAUAACGCAGGUUACUGGUAUUCAUUUUACCUCUGCAUGAGUGGGGGCAUCUACAUGUAGCUCUUAAUAUAGAAAUAUGGAAACUCGCACAAGUGUUUAUAGUGAUGGCACUAGAGAGUCUAUGGGCAUUUUGUUGCCUUAAAUUUGAGCUCUAAAUAAAAAAUAAAUAAAAAGUAAUCCUUGUUAGGUCACUGAGCUUACCUUGAACAUUGAGGGGGUGGGGCAAGUAAUCCCUGUAGGUGUUUCUCCCACCCUGCAAAGGUAGAGCACCCCCCCCCCCUUUCAUCUGUAAGGUAGUGCCAACUCGUUGGAUAUAGCCUAAUGCUUGGUGUAUUCGAUUUCAUAAAAUUUAAACCAUUAACAUUGUUCAUUGACACCAACAAUUUGGGAUUCGAGAUAUUAUGAUUGACCUUAUUACAGUUCUGUGCAUCAGCCCUUUAUUUUCAAUGUAUUUUUGUUUUUAAUUUGGGUAUGACUCAAGUCUUGAUUGAUAUUAUAUUUAGGUAACCUUUGUUUUUAGAGGCUUGUUAUACUUUCAUCUCUGGGGCAAAGCUAAAUUAACUGAUUAGCUGUCCUACUAUAUGCUUGCUACAGGCUCUUUCUAGACAAAGUGAGAUAAUGGAUUUCAUCAUGUGAAGUGAUAAAUGGAACAUGUAUAUUAUGAACAGUGUAAGAGGGAAAUGGUGUCAUAUUCAUGUGAAAGUUGAUGAGUCUGACAAAUUCAAUACUAGUAUCUAGGAAGUAUCUCUAUAUAGGGUUUCAAACUUGCCUCUUGUCAGGAGAUUAAUAUUGAAAGUGUAAAAAAAACCAAGAUUUUUAGCCAUUCAAUUAGCUAUUUAAAUUGGAUGGAGCGCUUUUUGGCUAUUAUAUUAUCACUCCAAAGAUUAUUCUUCUUUGAGGCUCAACAUAAAAUUUGCACCAAACUAUCAUUUUUGUUUGAGCACAUUUUUUGUGUUCCUGUCAGUCAGGAUAUGGAUUGUUCUAUACAAACAAAUUUGUAUUUUGUGAAUGAAUUUAUACUAUUAAAUGGACAUAAACAAUUUUAUUCAAUUGA